AGCACUGAUUUUGCGUAGGUCUCGCCCUGGGCUGGAUUGAUGUUGCCGGGUCCUGGCAAUGGCGUGGAUCAGCCAGGCCUUCCUGCCAGCAAGGAGCAGCCGCCUGGGCCAGCACGUCAUGCGCUCAAGCUGCCGGUCAGCGCCCGUGCCACCCUGUACGAUGAGGCCGAGCACGGUGUGGAGCAGGCGCAGCCCGUGGCCCCUCUGCCCCUCCUGCUGCCGGUGGCCCCCCGGGCCUGGAGGGACGAGGCCGGGCCCGAGGCGCCGCCGCCGGCGGUCCUGCCCCUGCCGGGGGUGCCCGCCCGCGCCGCCAGGCACGAGGAGCCGGUCGACGCGCUGAGGCUGCGGCAGGAGGGCAGGUCCCUCAGG